AUGCAUAUUACAAAUACGAGUGUACUUCCUCAAAAACAACAACCACAUCAAGUUCGGAAUAACUUUGAUGCAAAUUGGUCCAAUAGUUUGUUUCCUAUAGCAGUGUCUUCAGGAAACAAUUUGAUUCAAAAUAACACUACUGUGUCUCGUCAAAACCAUGAUAAUCUACUGGAUAAUGAAUUUGGUGAAUUCACUUCUGCGUCUGUGCAAUCCCCUACUUUUGUUACGCCUACUGUGGCUGGGAAUUCAUCUCUUUCAUCGUUUGACAGUUUCGGUUUUGAUUCUUCAAAUACCGAUUUUUAUUUGAACAUGCCAACUGAAACAAUUAAACCGCAGCAACAAUUGUCAUCAUCAUCGUCAUCACAACAACACCAACAAACAGUUCAAUCGAAUCCAACUUCACCAUCAAAAUCAAAAUCUCUUAAUAUUGGUAGUACAUGGAAAGAUUUAGAAUCAUUAAGUAUUGACUUAGACGCAUUAGUAAAACCUGAAAAGUAUGGUACACGAACUCAAGCACCGAGUCUAUAUCAAUUGAAACAAAAUCAACCACGUGUUCAAUCAUAA